AUGCUGGCGUCCGCCUUGCUCUUUACAGGCCUGAUUGCAAUCUUGUUAUGCAGUCUUGCGGAGGCUGAGAACACAACUUGCGCAGGGAAUGCAUUGAAUUGGUACAGCGAUGCCGUCGGAGAGACGCCAUGUCGCGAAUAUCAAGUUCCGACAUUCAGCAACACAGCACCCGGAGAUAAGUGCAAUGAUGAGCUAAUGGUGCAUACUACAAGUAUCGUGACGACUGCGGUUCUAGCACAAAUCAAUCUCUGUAAUGAAGGGAUCAAACUUGACAACUUCCUCUACAAUUUGUUUUGGAACACCGGCGCCUGCAUCAUCGUCAACUUCUACCGCAUCUAUUCCAACAUUAUCGUCCACUUUGUCAUCGCCUACACCCGUUCAGUCAACAACCGGGAGCCCCGACGGGUCUUCAAGCAGCGCUUCAUCCACUGUUACGAGCAGCAGAGCCAGCACAUCAACGGUAGUCGGCGGUGUGGUUGGUGGUAUCCUGGGUUUUACAGCAAUCAUUCUCUGCGCGUUGUAUCUUUAUCGCAGAAAACUGAUCGCGGCUUUGAAGAUCGCCGUCCAAGGGCGGUCGUCCGCGCCACAAACAGAGCGGUCAACUAUACGCGCGCUGACCGCAUUUCCCGUUAUACGAUUACCUUCUUACAAGCGGACUCGAAUGACAAUCCGCUCGAUGUCGACACCGCAGAGCUUGUGCCAUACGUUACUGUCACACAAAGUGCACUACAGAUCGGCGACGGACCCACCUUGACACAUCUACCUUCGACGAGGUCUCGUGUUACUUGCCCACCGUCCAGAGGAGCGCCUCCGACGUACUACAGCUCUGAACCAUCUGGGAGAGCGCCUCCGACGUAUCACAGCCACGAAAGCUAA